CUGAUGAUCCAGUGACCUUCGAGGGUGAUUUCUGCAUGUGUACUCUGUCUUUCUCCAAGACGUCUCUGUAGGUAAAAGCUUCUGACCCAUCUCUUCACGUGUCAGAGUGCUGAGUCUUUACAGCUGAGUGUCCCUCUCCUUGGAGAUGGACAGUGUCACCUAGCAGUAUGCUUGCCCAGACGACAUGAACCAGGUCAAAAGUAACCGAGAACUGUACCUGCAGUACUCAGCCACAGCCCCCAAACUGCUGGCUCACGUCUCCAAACUCCUCAUUAUUUGCCGCAACGCGGGCAUUUCCAUCCCAAAAGGCAUUCGGAAUAUUUUUGAAUUCACCUGGGAGGAGCUCAUCAGCGACCCUGCAGUACCCACUGCAUCUGAGAUUCAGGAUCUGGUGAUCUCCAUUGGAACUCCUACAGUGGUGCUUGCAGAAGUGAUCCCAGUGCAGGUCCUCCCCAUGCAGAAGAAGCAGCCCCCACCUGCCCCACCACCUCCACGACUGCACUCAGCCACUGGUGGGGCCAAGCCCAAGCCCCCCACCUCCACCUCUACUCAACCGAUCCCGCCCAAUGGCCAAGAUACCCUGCACAAGUUCCAGCGGCAAUCCAUUCAUCUGUUGACAGAGCUGCUUUCCCUGAAGAUGAAGGCCAUGGUGGAGUCUGCAUCUGCAGGUGCCAAUCCUCUGGAUAUCACCAAGCGCUUUGUGGAGGCCAGCCAGCUCCUCCAUCUCAAUGCAAAGGAGAUGGCCUUUGACUGCCUGACGGGCACUAUUGGGAAAAGCUGCCUCAGCACGGCACAGCUGGGGAAAGAAUCCUCCAUGAACAUUUCUGCUAUGGGAGUGAACACACCUUACCAGCUGGUCUACCAGACUUCCACAGCCUGUCUGAGCUUCUCCCUCUCCACAGGAAAGGAAAGCAGGAAGAAAGAUAUUGGAGGCAAGGCAAAGCCUGUAGAAGAUGUCUCGCCUCCACCCGUCCGAGCCCGAACCCCUCCUGAGAGCACUGUUGUUGAGUUGCCUGACCCCUGCCCUGAGGCCCGGGAAAAGCUGCAGGAUAUGUGUCGCCACAUAGAAGCCGAAAGGAUCUUAUGGAGAGGGAGGAAUGCCUCCUGCCCCAUGAUUUUUCGAAACUACAGGUCAAAGAUCCCCUCUCAUUUAAUGUUGGCCUCCAAGGGGGACUCUCACCAUCCUCUCCCUGCGGGCACUCAGAUGGCUGCUUCCACUCUUCACCAGCCUUCCAGCCAGCAUGCUCAUAUGGGCCGCCAUUCUCAAGAGUGGAAGGGGCCCAAGAAGCCCAUCAAGCUGCAUUACACUUUCUACGAUGGCUCUUCCUUCAUUUACUAUCCCUCCGGAAAUAUCGCCUUGCUUCAGAUUCCCACGUGCUGCAGAUGGAAACCCAUCACCUGCCUCUUUAAUGACAUACCUAAUACCUUCCUGGCUCUGUUCAAUGCUGAAGGCCUGGGCUGCGUUUACUACAACCUGAAGAACUGCUGUCCAUAUGUCUUGGUUUUGGAUGAAGAAGGUGGGAUCACAAAUGACCAAAAAGGCUACAUAGUCCACAGGUGGAACUGGGCCAGCAAGACAGAGACAUUGCUCUCACUGGAGUACAAGGUGAAUGAACAAAUGAAGCUCACAGUCUUGGGGCAGGACUCCAUCACCGUCACCUUCACCUCCAUGAAUGAGACGGUAACACUCAGUGUGUCACCCAAAAGCUGUCCCCAUAACGUGCUGCAUGACAAACGGCCAGUUCGCAGAAUCAGCCUCAUGGAUGAAAAGGUGUCAAAGAUAAACAGAGCCCUGAUUGAGAUCAAGAAGCGCUUUCAGAAGACGGUGACUCAGUUUAUGAACUCUGUGUUGCUGGCAGCAGGUCUGUUCACCUUAGAAUAUCCCACCCCAAAAGAAGACUUAGAAGCUAGUCGGGUCAAGUUGAAAUCUGGGUCUAAUCAUGAUCGGAUCCGUAAGACAAGUUUAUACCAAGGAGAAAACCUUAUUCGAACCCAGUCAGCCCGACAAGACUCCGUAAUUGACGAGGCAUUGAAGGAGGAAUCUGUACCCAUAUCCUUGGUCCGUGUUCGAAAGAAGAGCAGCAAAGCCCAGGUCAAAGUCUCACUAAGAGGGAAGCCCAGAGAGAUGCGCAGCCCCACCAGGUGGGCAGCCUCACCCUCUGACUGCCCACUGGUGCUGCGGAGGCUCAUUCGCAAGGAAGACAUCCGGGCUGGCUGCAAAUGUAUUGUGAAGGCACCCCUGGUGUCCGACUUGGAGCUGGAGCGCUUCCUGUCUGCACCCCGGGACCCCAACCAAGUGCUGGUGUUUGGGAUAAUGUCGAGCCAGGAUCCCACCCUCACCGCACAGCUGCAGUGGCUGCUGGAUACACUGUAUAGCCAUCGGCAGCAGGGUCGUUCUUCGCCCUGCAUCCAGUGCCAGCAUGACCCUUACCGCCUGCUGCGGUAUGACCUGGACAGCCCCCUGCAAAAGGAUCCGCCCCUAAUGGUGAAGAAGUUUGCUGUGAUACACGGGAUGGUUUUGAUGUUUGCUGGGGGCAAGCUCCUCUUUGGGGGCUGUGUACUAAAUGGCUACGGCUUUAGCAAGCAGAAUCUUCUAAAACAGAUCUUCCGGGCUCGACAGGAUUGCAAGAUGGGCUACUUCCUGCCAGACAACUACAAAUUCAAGCAUGGUGCUUUCAGAGCAGCCAGCAUAGCCAAACUGGGCUUGAGCAGCAGAUAUGUGUCAUCUCAGUUCUGGGGGCUGGAAACUGGAUCCAGCAUGUCAACUUAUAUCACAAACCUGGAUGAUGCUGAGUCAACUAAAAGACCCCCAUCCGACGAUUAUGAAGGAAGUGUCUCUUCAGUGGCGCUUGUGGACAAAAUAGAAAAAGAACCUUCUCCCUCCCCUGAGAAGUUUAAACCGCUUGAAGUGGAACCAGAGCCUUUCACCAAAACGAGGAGGAGCAGUAAGAGGACUACUGGCUUUAAGAAGUUAAUCUCUAAGAAGUGAUGCUGGGAUAGCCAGCUGCCCUCCCCACUCCCAGCCCCACCUCCUGGUCUCCCAUGCCCCUUCAAUAAAUGCAUGUGCCUCCAGAGUCUGGAUGAGGCGGUGGGGGUGGAACAGGCCCAGCUCUGACUCCAAGAAGGCCAGAAGUCCCCACAGCUAGUUUCAGGCUGCGUUCUUGAAAACUUGCUAUCCCCAACUCAGAGCUUUCUCUGUGGCCAGGAGUAAGCCUGAGACUAUCAUUCUGGCAAAGAAAUGUCUCAUGGCCAAGGGCCUGCCUGCUCAACCAUUCAGCAACCCUAGGGAGCCUCAGCAGGGGCUGGACUGUGCCUCCCAUCCUCUGUUGAGUGGGAAAGACUUCUGGUAGAAAGAAGAGGAGAGAGGAAAAGGACAAAGAAGGGGAAAAGAGACUGAAGGAAUGGUGAAAAGAGAUGAGAAAGCAGGCAGGAGAGAGAAGGAUGGAAGGGCAGUUAGGGAUGCCAAAGGAGGAAGGAGAACAGGAAAAGGAGGAGUGGGCUGAAGGCCAGAGUCCGGCAGACA